GCGUCUGUGUGUGUGUGUGUGUGCAGUGUGGUAUGCGAGCCUCCAGCCACGUGCCCGCCUGCUAGCCCCGCCCAUCCACGUCACCAGACAGCCGGGCUCGGGGCAGACAUGGCGGAGCGGAGGAGAGUGAAGAAGCGGAUUCAGGAGGUAGGUGAGCCAACCAAAGAUGAAAAGGCAAUUGCGAAGUACCUACGUUUCAAUUGUCCAUCGAAAUCAACUAACAUGAUGGGACACAGAGUUGAUUACUUCAUUGCUUCCAAGGCUGUGGAUUGUCUUCUGGAUUCAAAAUGGGCAAAAGCGAAAAAAGGGGAAGAAGCCUUGUUCACAAACAGGGAGUCUGUGGUGGAAUUUUGCAACAGGCUUCUUAAGAAACAGUUCUUUCACCGUGCGUUAAAAGUGAUGAAGAUGAAGCCAGAGAAAGAUCCAAAGAAAGAAAAGGAGAAAGAUAAAGGAAAGCUGGAUAGUGGAAAGGAAGAAAAGAGAGAGAGCAAAAAAGACUCUACAAAGGAGGAGAAAGUAAAGAAAGAUAAAGAGAAGAAAAAGGAAGCCGAGAAAGAAGAAACUAAAAAAGAUGAGACUCCUGGAACACCUAAGAAAAAGGAAACCAAGAGAAAGUUUAAGUUAGAGCCACAUGAGGAUCAGCUUUUCCUGGACGGUAAUGAGGUGUAUGUGUGGAUAUAUGAUCCAGUCCAUUUUAAAACCUUUGCCAUGGGCCUCAUCCUUGUAAUUGCAGUGAUCGCUGCCACCCUCUUUCCUCUGUGGCCAGCUGAGAUGCGUGUUGGAGUUUAUUAUCUCAGCGUGGGAGCCGGCUGUUUUGUGGCCAGCAUUCUUCUUCUUGCUGUCGCUCGAUGCAUCUUAUUCCUUAUAAUAUGGCUCUUGACUGGAGGAAGACACCACUUUUGGUUCCUGCCUAACUUGACAGCAGAUGUUGGCUUCAUUGACUCCUUCCGACCACUUUAUACCCAUGAGUACAAGGGACCAAAGGACGAUCAGAAGAAAGAUGAAAAAACGGAGUCCAAAAAGCCUGUAAAAUCCGACAGUGAGGAUAAAUCUGACAGUGAGAAAAAGGAAGAAGAGGAAACCAAAGUGUCUGAAGCAGCAGAGGGAUCAGGCACAGAAGGGUCUGGUGCAGAUAGGCAGUCAGACACAGACAGUGACAGGAAAGAAGAUGAAGGCUCACAGCACAGUAGUGGCAACGGCAAUGAUUUUGAAAUGAUCACAAAAGAGGAACUUGAGCAGCAGACAGAUGACGGAGACUGCGAGGAAGAGGAGCAGGAAGAUACAGCAGACCCUCUCUGCGAAAAAUCUUAAUGCAUCGGCUGGACUGUAGGACUGAUAUAUGUGCAUACGAAAGGAUUUCUUUGUGGAGUGAUCACCAAAACAUUUACACACAUCUCUUCACUGUCUUCUUUCCGAUAUGCAGGAUCUGUAGGGAUCAUCAAAUUCACUAGACUCUAAAGUUGGUAUUCAAAAACAAAGUUUCAAAUCUGAUGUUAAAGAUCUUUUUUGAAAUUUUUUUCUUUUUCUAGUUAAAAUGCCAAAAUACAAGGGGUAGAUGCUCAUUUUUCUCCUGCUUGUUCGUAAUGUUUUCAUAUGAGCCGCUGGUGUCCAAGUUAGAUGAUGCUGGUCUGACCUGCAUGCUGCUUGCACUCAUUGUUGCCUGUCGUGCGUACGUAAGUCAAUAAGGUCUGUUCAUUUCAGGAAAUGUUUGGGAUAACCCCAAUAGCUCUUAAUUGUAGCAAGAUAUUUAAUAACACCUCUUUUUAAGAUCGGUUCCUCCGUCUUUGUCUGUUCUUGUCUUCUCUGGCAGUAAAAUGCUAUUCCAUUAGUUUAACUGGAGAUCUUAUUUGCUAUCAGUGUGUAUGUCUUCUGAAUAAGUAUUCUUUUUAUGAUUUUGAUGAUCCCUAUUUUCAUAUAAUUCCUGGUAUGUAAGUUCUUUAUGUAUAUUAAAGUUUUUUUUGUUUUAGUUUUUUAAACUAUCAAUUGAAACCUGCUGUCUUUAAGUUGCACUCACCAUCUUCUAUUUGAAAACUGAAUAAGUACUUUGCUCUUUAUGGUGGUGUUGGUACUCUGCUAUGUAACCAUUUAGUAAAUAGGUGGAAUAUAAUAAAACAAAAACUCUCUAUAUUAGAACUGUCCAAUAAGGAGAUUGGAUGAAUAUGAUGGCACAGUUUGCUCUUGUUCACAUACAGGAGCAGAAAUACAGUGUGCAUGUGAUCAGUGUGUUCAUACCACACUACAGCUUCAGUAUGUAUCCCUCCGCACUAGAACACAUGUUAAAAGCAUUACUUGUUAUAGUGGAAAUAAAGGUUGUAUCUGGCAUUAGGAUAAGUGAUCAUGAGGUUUCCAGCAGCUUCGGGCAACUUGCUGCAAUUAGAGAAAGCUACUUGCCUGUGUCGAAGGCUCACCCAUUCUGCCACACCCUUUCUAUAUGCCAGUGCCCAGCUUAAUGUGACCAUAAACAAUAACAUGUCAGCUUUGCCUGACCAAGCCCACCAUAUGUACGUCUGUUUUACUAAGCAUACAAUGCAGUUGACACAGGAAAAUCAAGUUCUAGACUCUAGAAUAUGAUGUCCUACAGUAUAGACAUUUGGCCACUGUUAAAGCAAUCUGCAAAACCUUGGCAUGUUAAUGAGCAGGAAGUUCUCUGUGUAGUUUUAUUUUUUUUGUUUUGUUAUCCACACCUCCUCUUGACCAAAUUAAAUACUUUUCUGCCAGUUAGCUAAUGUGUUACAUGUCCCACUCUGAGUAAUUAGGGUGCAUCUGAUAUUUAACCCAAGUCAUUUUUUCAAUGUUUAACUGCCUCUUCUACCCCCUCCCUCCUCUUUUUUUCUUUGUUGCAUUGACAUGUUUAGUCUUCUAUCACUUAAGCAGAUAGUAUGCAUUUCCUGGAGAUUGUCUUAUGAAUUUUGAUCCAUGCUGUAUUCCUUCUUCUAUCUAUAAAAACCUACAAUGUAGUAUGUGUAGCUGUUAUUUGUGUCACCAAGCAGGACCAGAUGACGCAGAAGUAACCGAUGGCGGCUUCCUUUCUGAAACAUUACCUAUGAACUAUAAAAAGAAAAGAGAAGUGAGACUUGUUAUAAUGUAUUUGUAAGAGUCUGUGCACCUUUUAAGACACUGUUCUGUAAAAGCUAAAUAGUAAAAAAAAACUAAUGCAAACAUUCAAGUUGGUUGUAAUUCAAUAAAAUGUCAUGGUAAUGGUUGUUGCAUAUGUUUGUUAAAAUAACUGAGCUGGUUAAGCUGGCUUAAUAUAUAUUUCUAAAUAUAUACAUCUGCUGUUUAUGAAAAUACAGAACUGUGUCAUUGAGUUGUGUCUGUAUCGCCUCAAAUCUGUUUUCUGUUUGGACGUAGGAGCGAUUUAAUUGCUCUACAGAUUAAUUGAUUGACCGAAUGGAGAAAGUGGUAUUACUUUGUUAAAGCUAGCACAUGGCUAAAUGAGGCACUAUGUGAUAGCUUAAAGAAAUAUAUAAGGAGCUGUCAGUUACUAUGAAGUUGUAUUUUAUAGCUGUGUUAGCUCAUGUAAGACUACUGUCCCAUUUCUGGGAAGUGUCUCGCGCAAACCUGUACGACACAAUAUAGCACGUGGGAAAGAGGAAUUGUGCAGUUGCUAUCAUGCUGUUUUCUGGUGUGAUAGAGGCCUUAAAUAAUCUAUUUGGUAAUUGGUGAUACCAAGAGUUAUAGAUGUCUCUGCCGAAAAAAGCAAAAGCAAUUUAAAUUGAAAGAUUUCUUUGCAGGAGUCAAAAUCAUCUCCUGUAAAGUGUACCCGCUCAUAUACACAGCAGAAGCAGACUUUGUUGGCUGAAUAGAAUACAGCCAUUCAGUUUAUUAGAAAGUUGCCACCAGUUCCUAUUAAAUUGACAGCUGUAAUAUUGGUCUAGUUGUCCAAAAAAUAUCUGCUUUCACUGUGUAAAUUAACAGGUCCACUUUUAAUGUUGCUCUAUAAUCUGUUAAGUAUUGUCUGUAGUGUAUUCUGUACACACAACUGUAAACCCCUCCUAAACAGUCUUGCGUUCAUUUGUAUUAAGUGUCCUAUGGUUUGAUGCCUGAGGGACAUUGGCCCAUAACAUGCUCAUCCGCUCAUUCAGGAUUACUGCUGGGUUUAAGGUAUUUAAUAUGCUUUCUUCAGACAGCCCUCGGACCUACAGGAAGUCUGUGAGGAAAAUAGAUGUUUUCACACUUAGGUUUGUGCCAACAUUCCAUGUAUGUAAGUAUAAGUAAAACUAUGCUAUUAAAAGUACUGGUGACAAAAGUUA